CACAUCUUCGAAGCAGUGUCUCCGCGGCGUGUUUUAGUGAAAAUUUAUUCAAAAUGAGGGAAAUAGUGCAUUUGCAAGCAGGGCAGUGCGGGAAUCAAAUAGGAUCUAAGUUUUGGGAAAUUAUAUCAGAUGAACAUGGCAUUGACACGGCGGGAAAUUACAUCGGAGACAGCGAGCUACAACUGGAGAGGAUCGAGGUGUACUACAAUCAGGCGGCUGAUGGUAAACGCUUCGUCCCUCGGGCGGUGCUGGUCGACCUGGAGCCAGGGACCAUGGAUGCCAUCAGGUCGUCCACAUACGGCCAGCUGUUCCGCCCUGACAAUUACGUUUUUGGACAAAGUGGCGCUGGGAACAAUUGGGCAAAGGGCCACUACACAGAAGGUGCUGAAUUAGUGGACUCUGUCAUGGACGUGGUGAGGAAGGAGUCGGAGGGCUGUGACUGUCUGCAAGGUUUCCAGCUAACCCAUUCCCUGGGCGGCGGCACCGGCUCAGGGCUGGGAACGCUGUUACUCAGCAAAUUGCGUGAGGAGUAUCCUGACCGCAUCGUCAAUACUUUCAGCGUCAUGCCGUCUCCGAAGGUGUCAGACACAGUAGUGGAGCCGUACAACGCGACACUAUCAGUCCACCAGCUCGUGGAAAACACAGACGAGACUUUCUGCAUUGACAACGAGGCAUUAUACGACAUCUGCUUCAGAACACUAAGACUGGCAUCUCCCACUUACGGCGAUUUGAAUCAUUUGGUUUCUCUGACGAUGUCGGGCGUGACCACCUGCCUGCGGUUCCCCGGGCAGCUGAACGCGGACCUCCGCAAGCUGGCCGUCAACAUGGUGCCAUUCCCCAGGCUGCACUUCUUCAUGCCAGGAUUCGCACCGCUCACAGCGAGGAACAGUCAAGGUUAUAGAGCUCUGACCGUCCCGGAAUUGACACAGCAGAUGUUCAGCCCCGUUAACAUGAUGGCUGCGUGCGACCCGCGGCACGGGCGGUACCUCACUGUGGCCGCCAUCUUCCGCGGACGCAUGUCCAUGAAGGAGGUGGACGAGCAGAUGUUGACGGUCCAGGAUAAGAACUCCAGCUACUUCGUGGAAUGGAUCCCCAACAACGUAAAAGUGGCUGUCUGCGAUGUGCCUCCGCGCGGGCUCAAAAUGGCCGCCACUUUCGUUGGCAACUCUACUGCAAUACAGGAGAUAUUCAAACGGAUAUCUGAACAGUUCACGGUCAUGUUCAGAAGGAAGGCGUUCCUCCACUGGUACACCGGCGAGGGUAUGGACGAGAUGGAGUUCACAGAGGCCGAGAGCAACAUGAAUGACCUGGUCUCCGAGUAUCAGCAGUACGAGGAGGUGGGUGUGGAAGACGCAGAUUUCGACGAGCAAGAGGAAGUGCCUCCCGAAGACUAUCCUGAAGAGGAAUGAGUAGUCUAGUCUCUAGUCGGAGCCAAAUAAAAAUAUAAUUUAAUAAUGACAAUUAAACUAAGAAUUAUUUAAGUAAUUAAAUGAGGUUUUCAAUACAUACCUACAUAACUUAAGUCUUAAAUGAAUAUAAAUGCGACACUUAAGAAAUUUUACUUACAUACUACAUAUAACUACGUUUAUAUGCCUUGCGGGGUAGACAGAGCCAACAGUCUUGAAGAGACUGAUAGGCCAGGUUACAGGUUGCUGGCCCGUCGCCUAAAUGAAGAAUCCCAAGUUUAUAAGCCUAUCCCUUAGUCGCCUUUAACGCCAUUCAUGGGAAAGAAACGGAGGGGUCCUAUUCAUUUUUCUAUUGGUGCCGGGAACCACACCGCACUAAAGAAAUACUAAAGUUUGAAGAAUAUAUUUUAUCCAAGAAAAAAAUACUGUAACUCUAUUGAGAUUUUUAAAUGCAAUAGAAUUAAAUGUAGGUACCUACGACAGUUAAAAAAAGUUGAAGCUAUGAAAUAUAAAUUGUUAAGUCAUAAUAUAUGAUGAAAUUGUUAUUUAAAAUUAAAA